CCUCCACAUGAGCGUCUAGUCCCGACUACAUAUAAAGCCGCACCCCGAGCUGAUUUUCUUCAUUUUAUAUUCAAUAGCCAACGCUUGACACGUCCCCAUCAGCCGGCGCAUUGCAUCUCAUCAUGCUCUUCCGUUACCAAAAGACGGAACUACUCCUCUCUACGACAAUCCGGCUUCACCUCCAAUAGACGUCGCUCUCCCAUCCUCUUCUCCGGCCCACCAUGGAUUUUCCUGUGCAGCGUCGCAAAAUAAACACAUAUGGCAAGAGCCAGCGCAAAGUUCUCGUCCAUGAUAUCUUUGAUGUUGCCUCGUCGAAUGCCUUCCCUUCAAGUCAGAGCGCAGUCACACAAUUCUCGUCAUCCAGUUCAAGUACAACUCCUGCAGAGCGGCUCUCAACCACUUCAAAGCCUGCUCUUGCCACAGGCAAAUCAAUACCACAACCCAGUACUGUCAAACAUGGGACAGCGUCCUCAUUAAGCAUGAAACCUUCAUCCGAUUCGGCGUCUAUCUCUUCCCGCUCCUCGUCCUUUUCGCCAGUCGACCAGACCGAUGCGUCUCUGUUUGAUAUCCAAUCGUCUGAUGAAGAAGGCAAUCUAGGCACCCAGCAUGCACUGGCAGUGAAACGGAGGAAGGUUGUCCCUCUGCAGUCGAAGAAGAGCACCUCUCGAGCAGGCAAAUCUGCUACUCACUCUUCAGACAAUAACAAACCUACCCACGCUUCAAAAGGAAUGCAGCGUAUAGAUGUCAGCCAGAGGACCGCCUCCUCCAGGGCCGAUCUUCACAAAAUAGCCAUGACUUCCAAACGUCAGCCCCCCAAGACGACCAUCGCUAAGGCUCCCGUGAACAAGCCUGCAGCUGUACCUUCUGGGUUAAAUCUAUUUGAUCAGAUCUCAGAGGAUUCUUCCUCCUCGCGUCUUUCACGACCCACGACCCCAAAGCGGAAGAGACCUCCUAGCACACUAAAUCCAGUGAACGCUCCGAGUCCAAGCGAUCUACAAUUGACUGCUCUGAGUCUGACACCUGAAGCUCAUCUUUCUUUGUCUGAGCAAAUAUCCGCCGAUGAGGACAUGACUGAUGACAGCUCCGUCAGUCCUACUCCUCGCAAACCUCGGAGGCGACUGAUUGAUCGGUUGGACCCGCCGCGCCUGGCCAAAUCUGAGCCGAUUACAUUGUCCAAUACGCCUGAUUCUUCCUCCAUAAUAGAUGACUCCAUGCCAACGGUACACAAUUUAGACAAACUCUCUCCGCCGCGUUCACUGCCCGUGGAAGGAAGUUCCAGCCAGCCUAUCCCCAAUGGAGUUGGUGCAGGCCCCAAAUCUGGCCGAAUACGUUCGACAUAUGCCAGACAACGCUCGCACUUGAGUGACACGAUGGAUGGCCUCGAAAACCCUCAGAUUUCGCAUAGUCAGCGUUCUUCCCAACGUGAUCUAUCACAUGCUACAUCAUUUACCAGCGUUGCGUCCCAACUGGAGCUUGACCAGGAUGAUAUCGACGAAACUGACCUUCCCGCUCAGAAGAGCAUUCAUGAGCUACGCCGGGGUGGAGCAAUCUCAAGGUUCGACAAUGACUUGCUCGAGCUCCUUGGCGACAUCCAGUCAAGUUCGAAGGCACUACGGAUCCCUGCCUUGAUGCAACUUGCUGGCAAAUUAAGCGACCUAGCAUUUUUGCUCCAGUUCCAAGAAUCCGACAACGUCAGUCGUGUGACUGAUUCAGCACGACCAGAUCUUGAUGAUGUCUCGUCAACUUUGAUGAUCUUGGUCUUCCAGAUCAUGACUUCUGCCCACCACGUGUCCCCAAGGACACUACCUCAGAUUCUGGACGCAAUAUGUCGAUUACCGCCUUAUCUGGCAACGAGUAAUCAAUCUCUCACCAAGUUGGCGAAAGACCGCAGUCAGAAUCUAUCUAAGUUAUUGGUGAGGGAAAUCUGCGACUUUGACGACAAAAGAUCCGCCGCGAUGAACCUUGCGGCUUCCUCCACCGGUCACCUAUACUUGGUCACUCUAGAAAAUACCGUGAGAAGAAUGAGACAGCUUGGAGACGCCCCAGCGUUGCCGCAGUCUAUUCUUCGGGAGCUGGUCUCAGUAAUUUCAACAAGCUGGGACGUUCUGCGUCGAGGUCCAACGGAAGAACACGUUGUCGAAAGCAUGCGUACUUGUUUCUCAAUAUUAGAGAUCGUCAGUUUGAAUCCCGACUUGUCGCGACUUCUUGCCACAACCAAAUUUUUGACACAACUCCGUGAUGCCACAGCUGGUAUCGUCCAGUGGGCAGGUGAAGAUCAUCCGCACAUUGCGCAGGUGUGCCUGAAGUUCAUCAUCAGUCUGAGCAAUGACCGAUCAGACGUGUGCAAUGCGCUGUCCGAGGGGGGCCUCAUCGGAACCAUGUACACAAUCGUGGAGGACCACUUCAUCCGCCUGGCGAUGUCCAUUCCUUCCGAGUCGGACCCCGCAAGUCAACGGCUGGACACAGUGAUUCUGGCGCUGGGAUGUUUGCUCAACUUCGCCGCCAGUUCAGACCGGCCUCGACAAAGAAUGCUCGAAUUGUCAGACAACGGAAGAAGUCUGGUUGAAGGAAUGGUCGAAGUGUUUAACAGUUGCUUCGAGAGAGCUUCCGAGGCCACCACCAUAGAGCACACGCACCUAGUCGUCCCACUGGGUUAUCUUUCGAUGCUGUUGUGUGCUUUGUGCCUCAAUGCCAAUGCUCGGGACCUGAUCGUUCGAACCACAAGAGGUCAAGGAUUGAGCGACUUGUUUCUUGCAGUAGAAACUUUUCUGAAGUCUUGGAGGCAGGUCGAAGCAGAGACGGGGGAGACGGAUGAGACGUCUAGUGGAUUUUCAAGGAUGCUGACCGACAUUUACGACGCGGUCCGAAUGCAGAGCUUAUGACGGAGACACGACUUAUCCAACAAACGACCAUAUGGGGACACAUAUCGACCAUGCACGAUGUCAUUGGAGUGGGGCGAUUGGAGAUGGUGAUUUAAUUCUGGCUACAGCGGCAUCGCCUUUAUUUUGAAUAGACCAGAUACCCCUGCAUUUUCAUCCUCUAGGAUAGAAACCCAGCUAGUUAUUGAGCAACGGACGGAGGUGUUGAAUAAGAAUUUCCGCAUGCAGAACCG